UCGCGAUAGUCGACGGUUUCAAGUAAUACUGUUCAACGAUAAAGCGAACGGACUUUAUUCGUAUAACGAUAUAAAAAUUUCUUAUGUGACAUGAGAUUCAUGUGUAGUUACUAAAGUACAAAACAGUACGAAAUAAAGUUGCGUUUAACCUCGUGCGAACAAUUUGGUACAACACGAUUAAUUGUAUAUAUUCCUUUAAUUGUAAAAUAGGUUAUGUAAUUAAUACUUGGAUCAUCCGAACUGUUUAAAAGUACUUAAUUAUCAUGUUGUCCAGAGCUGCGUUUAAUAUUUUUAGAAGAUCUCUGUACAACAAUGCACGUACGCUUUACUGUUUACAAUCAAAUCCGACAUACGAUAUCAAUGCUAAGCCACAAGAUCACUGCAACUUGUAUGUUGUGAAAAGAUUUAAGUCCAGUAAGAAGAAGCAAAAUCAGAAUGAAGAAUUUUCUGACGAAGAAGAGGACAUUGUAGAAGCAGAAGCACCCAUUGGUUCAAAAGUGCUCACAAUAAGUACUCAGUCUAUUCGAUUGGAUACUAUUUCUAAAGUUGGAUUUUCUAUGUCACGCAGUAAAAUAGAUGAAGCAUUUUACGCAAGUAAAAUUCGUUUGAAUGGACAGAAAAUAUUUAAAAAAUCCAAAGAGCUGGAUAUAAGUGAUGAAGUUGACUUAAUUCUACAUCGAAGUCUGGAUAAUUCUUCUCUUCUGGUUGUAAAUAGAAUUAAAAUAUUAUCGAUGGUUCCUGCGGUUAACGGCAUAAAAAUUAAAUUAUCCAAGGACAGAAACUUACUAAUUGAAGAUUACGAAGAACCAUGGACAUCUGAAUCACCUGAAUAGUUCCUUUUUUUGAUGUAUUAUUAAUAUUGUAUUUAACAUACAAUUAUAACAAAUAAUAACAUUCAGGUAAGUAUUUGCUAUAAAAAGAUAUUGAAAAUAUAUCUUAAACCUGUUUACAACAUAUUUUAUUUCUUCAAAUGCGUCUGUAAGGAUAUACAAGGAUUCUCUUUACAUCGAAACUUGAAAAUUGCAGAGCAUCUAAAUAUAUUCUAUACAAUUA